AUGGACGACGCGGAGACGGAGAAGCUGUUUGCGCAAUGUGAUCGAGGUCGGAAGGGUUAUUUGACGGAGGGCGACUUGAGAGCUGUCUGUCCACAGCUUGACCCACAGGAUAUCGCCUUCAUUUUCGCCUCUUUGGACACGGAUGGAAGUGGGAGAAUCGAGAAGGAGGAAUUUGUGGCGGGUUUCUUUGAGACGCUAGCCAAGGCCGAGCAGCACGGCUGUAACGGAGUGAUGGCCCGGGCCUCAGCCACGGAAAUAGUCUACGAGUCCGACGUGCCGAACAGCUUGGUGGCUGAAGCCGUGCCACAUCGCAGAAGUCCUUAUUUGGAGGAUUCCUACUGUUCCGAGAGCGAUUCACAGCGUAUAGACUUCAAUAUGCCUUGCCAAGACGAGGUCAUAGCUCUGUAUUCCCAGCUUCAAGACGCCGGAAUGCCGGCCCUUCUCGGGAAAUUCGAGCGUGUCGUCGGCAAAUUUUGUCGUGAGAUCAACACGCAUAAGGAGGAGAAUGAGAGGCUUCAGCACAUCUACCACAGCGAGAAGGAAAUGUAUAACAGACGGAUGGAAGACAUCGAAUCGGAGAUUGACGAGCAGCUAUCUAUUGCCGAGCAAAAGGCGCGGCAGGAGGAACGGGAACGGCUGGAGAAGGAAAAGACGGCAAUGCGCGAAAAGAUGGAAAUGGAAAUGCGCGAGAUGCGCGACAAUAUUGAACGGCUGCAGCGGGUUGAAGCUAUGCUGGAGCGAGAGAGCCAGCGCAAGGGGGCUGCCAUAGAAUUGCGAACCCAAUUGCAUGAGUUGUCGACUGAAAAUGCGCAAACCCGGGCCGACUAUGACACAAAACGGAUGCAACUCGCCUCGGAGAUGGAGCGGGAACGAGCCUCACACUCUGACUCGGAACAAGUGCAUAAGCAGCUGCAGCUUUUAUUUGACGCCAAUCGUAAGCUUGCCGAGACGAAUGAGAGUCUUCGCCAUGCGCUCGAUCGCAGGAAGAGCAUCGCGCAUGAAUUUCAUUUGCGUUCCCCAUCGCCAGCUGUUACGCCAGGAAGCCGUCGACCAAUGGAUCGAUCAGCGGCUCAACUCUUCAGCCCUGCUACGUUCUCGCGAGCUUCCGACGAAGAAGAUAGUGGCCUCGCGGCGGGUUACGAAAGUAGUGAUGUUGAUGACAGGCCGAUUCUGAUGCAGGAUGUGCCAUCAGGGGCGACAGCCGAGCGGACGUUCCGUGUCGUGAUGUGUGGGGAUGCGGCGGUGGGCAAAAGCUCGCUGGUCAAUCGGAUUGUCAACGGUCAAUUCAACAACAAUCUCCCGUCGACACUUGGCGUCGAUUUCCACGUGAAGACGGUUUGUACGGAGGGGAAGAUUGUCGCUCUGCAGCUGUGGGACACGGCUGGCCAGGAGCGAUUCAGAUCGCUGUGUAAGUCGUACUUUCGGCGGGCAGAUGGUGCGAUUCUUGUAUACGAUGUCUCCAGCGAACAGUCUUUUCUUCGGGUACGCCAUUGGAUGGAAACGAUACAGGAAGCUGUCGAGCGCCCGAUUCCAAUUGUGAUGCUGGCCAACAAAUGUGAUCUGCGCCAGGCGGGCCGUGGAGAAAUUUCGGCCACCCAGGGAUCAUCACUAGCAUCGAAAAUGGGAGUGCUUUUCGCGGAAACGAGUGCCCUCGACGGGUCGAAUGUGGAAGCAGUGGUGCACACGUUGACCAAGGAAAUGCUGGCCGUUGAGGAUGUUGAGGUGAAGGCCAGCGGCGUCGUGCUGACGAAGGGGCCGCAGAAGAAGAACAAGUGCUGUGGA